CCAUCUCAGAUUUUAACCCCAUAGUUUUAGGGGAUGAUAUGCUUGAUAAUGGCAGCGAUGAAAACAAGGCUUAAAAACAAGUUAAGAGAUGUGUUCCAUUGGACACAAUCCCUAUAAGAAUCGAAAUCCAAGGGUGCUAUGCAGAUUAUGCUGUCUUCAUUUCUUUCUCCCACCACUGCAGACAAAAGGCGAGAGAUUAAUUACAGACACCAUGGCCAGCAUGUAAACAAAUCUGCAAACGUUGCCAUAUUUAUGACAGCAACUAUAACCAUUGUUGUCACCAAUUUCUCCUUACAGAAAAAGGUGGAUCUCAUGGCCUACACAGUUUUUUUCUGUAUCCUGGUGGUUGUUACCAUAGUGAUUAAUAUUGCCACUCUCCUUUUCCUGACUUUCAGAUAUAUACACUGGGUCCACGUGCUUUAUUCAGCCAUUUCUGCCAUUGCCUUCACCCUGUUUCUUGCACGUGAUACCCAGUUGCUACUGGGAAACAAAACCUCUGCAGUCACUCUUAUGGGCUACAUUUAUGCAGUCAUCUCAAUUUUUACAGAUAUAAUCUUCAUCUUUUUCUACAUCUACAGCCUGGCAGUAGGAAUUAGGGACUAGUCCUUCUAUCUAGGGUCAAAAUUAUUCCAUAGCAGGUAUGGGGAGACAGUUUUCCAAUCAGAAGAUUCUUUUCCCUUCUCGCUUUGCCAGUACAUGAAUCUGGUGUUUGCCAGGAUCUUAUAAUAGAUAUGGAUGAUAUAUAAGCUUCUGCAGAGCAUUGUAUUCUGAUAUUGAUGUCAUACACAUAUGGAAAUAAAAUAUUGUAUAAAACUUUUCAUCCUUGAAUUGCAUGGACACAAUCCAGAGAAAGUUACUUAUGUUCAGGUCUUACUGAAACAACAAAUCUAAGCCCCACUGGUUUCAGAAGGAGUGGCAUGAUGAGAUUUUUCUGGAUUAGGGUGUUAUGUUUUAAAAUUCUUCUACAACAUAUGCAUCCAGGAAAUAUACUGUCUUUGCAGUAAAGGCCAAACAAAUUAGCUGUAAUUACAAAUCAAUUAACAUAAAAGUGGCUGGAGGGACUGCAUGAGUAGGUAAGGGGAGUGGGUAAAGGUACACUCUUGCUUCGAAUCAGGAUUAGGACCCUGGGCCUUGGAUACCUGAAGGACCACCUCCUUCCAUAUGAGCCUAC